UUGGUGGGUAGAUAAAUCGGUAUUUCUGCCAUAACAACACCAUAAACCACCAUAAAAAUGAAUAACAUUAAUAACUUGUACGUACGUGAAAGUAGGCACAUUGGAUGGCAAGCUUGAACGACCCUUCAAAUGGAACGAGAUUAUAGGCUGUGAGCAUAUUCUUGUAAUAAAUCGUCAAAAGCGCAAGCAAACAAGAGCUAUUGCAUACAUAUAUAAUAACACGUACACACACAUGCACAUGCAAUAUAUGUUGAUGAUUAUUACAUUACACUCAUAUCUAUCACCACUUUUAAGACCGAUAUAGUCAUAGUACAAUGGCCCUCCCCACCAAUCUCAAGUUCUUCUGUGUGUUUCUCCUAGUGCUUAUUCUCUAUUCCUCAUCCUUCCUUGCAUCAGCUGUUGAUCCUAAGGCUGAAGAUGAAGAAUUUACCUUCGCUGAAGGAAGUAUCAAAGGGCCAAAGAAUUGGGGGCAGAUCAACCCAAAAUGGAAAGUAUGUGGAGAUGGAAAACUACAAUCUCCCAUUGAUCUCUCUGACCAAAUGGCUCAAGAGCUUCCUCAAUUGGGUAAACUUGACAAAGUUUAUAAACCAGCUCCUGUUGUCCUAAUAAAUAGGGGUCAUGACAUCAUGCUGCAAUGGAACGGGGAUGCAGGCCAGCUUAACAUAAAUGGAACUUUCUACAAUCUGAUGCAAUGUCAUUGGCAUACACCUUCAGAGCACACGUUGAAUGGAACAAAGUUUGACUUGGAACUGCAUGCAGUCCAUAAAACCUCUAAAGGAGAGAUUGCUGUUAUUGGAAUCUGGUAUAAAAUUGGCCAUUCAGAUCCCUUGCUUUCAAAGCUGCUCAAUGACAUAAAAUCAAUUAAGGACAAGAAGAUAGACGUAGGAGUAAUCAACCCAGGAGACAUCAUGUUUGAAACAAAAGAGUACUACAGAUAUGUUGGUUCUCUUACAACUCCACCAUGCACUGAAGGUGUUGUUUGGACAAUAGUGAAGGAGGUGAGGACAGUCUCAACCGAGCAAUUGAAUGCCUUGAAAGGAGCUGUCCAUCAUGGAGAGGAAAAUGCAAGGCCAACACAAGAACUUGGUGGAAGACAAGUUUUGUUAUAUAAAGAUGUGAAUUGGGAAUUGUGAAUUGUGAAGGGAAGUAACUGCUUCUACACUUGGUCGUAAUAAAGUAGAGAGAGUACGGCGUAUAGACAAAUAAAGGCAACAUUAAGGCACGAUCCAGCACUGGGGAUGAUGAUCUUUAUUUUAUUAUGUUUUUAAAUUGUGUUUUUGGUGUGCUUGUUUUUGUAGUAUGUUGUUUUGAUUUCUUUGUCCUUUGCUGGUAUUAUAUGAGAUAGUAGUGAUCAUUUGUCCUUUUGAGGAGGGAGAGAAACUGAGUAUUGAUCAUCGUAAAUCUUGAAAUUGUUCACUUGGCUUCCACAUAAUAUAUAAACUUGAUUAAUUUUGUU